AUGAAUCAAGAAACGCGCAGUGAUUCACCAAGUGAAAAACGUCAAGAUUCCAAAACGUCUUUUUUAAUUGAGGAUAUUUUGUAUCGCGGUCAUAGACAACCAUUCAAACAACCAGAACCAAGAAGGUUUGAUAUUGAACCUAAAUAUUUUCCAUCGCCCGCUGAAGUGAGGCCUCAUGUGCCAAGAGACGGUUAUUUGCAAGUGGCCAUGGGAGCCUUAGGGGCAUAUUUACACACGCCCAACACUUACAAGGCUGUGGAGACACCGUAUUUUUUGUCACAAGGUGUACCCUACCACGCCUUGUUUACUCCGUCGGAGCUGUCAUUAUCAGCAUUGAAGCACUGCCGCCGAAGGAAAGCAAGGACUGUGUUUUCCGAUCCACAGUUAACGGGUCUGGAAAAACGUUUUGAGUCCCAACGCUACCUGUCAACACCUGAAAGAGUGGAACUAGCUGGUGCCCUCAACCUUUCUGAGACGCAAGUAAAGACCUGGUUUCAGAAUCGAAGGAUGAAGCAUAAGAAACAGAUGAGGAAAUUGCAACAAAAAGGUACUGCUGCGGUGGACUUCACGACUAAACACACAAUGAAAUGUUCUCAGGAUGAUUCCCGAAUAUCAACAACUCACACUUCAGACUCCGAAUCGGAACACAGUGACAGCGAUAUUGAUAUCGUCGGUGAAUCGAAUUACGCACAUCACUACUCUAAUACGUAA